GAUCAGCUGUUUGUGUUUACUCUCCGGACUCGGGAGGGACCAACUCUAUAUGGCUCAUUCGAUUAAGGAGUGACUUGGCAUGAUAUAAAUUUAAAUCAAGAGGCUACAGUUUUUAAUCUCUGGAAAUAGAUAUUAAUAAUGUAAAUAAAAUUCAAGAUCUCAAAAAACAAAACCUUUACACAUUGAUGAUGGAAUGAAUAUAGAGAGUUAAAAACAGGCCUUUUCUUUGGUAACGACUACAUCAUGCAACAGGAUCAAGGAUACAGAUUACAUCAUUAGAUGAAUAAAUGCCUCAGGGUAUCAGCACAGAGCAUUCUAAAGCAUCUCAUAGAAUGCCAACUGUUUGUGUGAACACCCGAGGCACUAGCAAGUAUUGUCAUCAGUAUGGAAAUUGUCGAAGCAUUUAAGUUUACUCAGUAAUAGAGUAACAGUUGCAUCACUACUAAAUUUGACCAUCAGUAUGGGAUCGACAACACAAGGGCCUCUCAAAGGAGACCAAAAUAUUGGUCAUGCUGCACUAAUAGCAUGGGUCGGCCGGGAACGUCUGAGACCAACUCAUCUCCGUUCAACUUUAACCAGGCUGCUUGAGCAUGAAAAUGAGGGAUGGGAGCCUCUAACAUUCAACUACAUUACAGGACAGGGAGAAGAGGUGGGCAUAGCUGGGCGUGAUGCAGAGGUGUGGUGGCUGGGAGAGGCAUGUGGGCGGUUGGGAUGGGCGCCGGAGACCAGGUUCAUAGCGGCGGCACUCCUCGAUCGUCUCCUCCACCGGGUCAGGAUCCCGCCUCGCUACCUUCAUGCUGUGACAGCUGCUGCUGUCUUCCUUGCUGGCAAAAUCCACGAGGAAGAUGAGAAUGUACCAGCAACAAUUGAGGUGGUGGAGCAAAGCGGCAUGAAGUGUUCGCAUCGUGAGCUGUUGCGAAUGGAACGAGUAUUGCUGGACAAGUUAUCAUGGCAUCUACAGUCUACCUCCACUCUUGACUUCCUGCAGGUUCUACAUGCCCUCGCCAUUGUCACUGCUCCUAAACACCAGCAUACCAACAGGAGUGGGUCACCAUCACGUCAGUUGAGCUAUUUAACCGACCGACUAUGGCAAGUUGUGUGUUCUGCACGUAGUGGGACCGUGAGACCAUCUCUCUUAAGCCUGGCACUGCUCUCCCUUGAACUGGAUGCUUCUACUCCCGAACCAGGCUUGAUGCUCUGGCUCCAGGCACUCACACAGGUGAGUGAGAGUGAGCUGGCAAGUGCACGAGAACUAGUAUUGGAGCUUCUAGGAGAGGAACCUCACCACCCACCUCAAGCACUCCACAUCCUUCCCAAUAACACCCAACACAUCCCUCCUUCCAGACCCAACAAACGGAAAGUAGCACAGUCAUUGCAACAAGAUGAUGAUAUGUUUGUGGAUAUCAAGAAACUUUAUGCUUACGAAAAGAUUCUAAAUGGAACAGGCACGGCUGUCAAAAAUCCCCAAGAUAAUCAAGAGGAAUUAGACGACACAUACAUUGAUAUUCGUCACCUAUACUCCUCACCUGUUCCAUUUAAAGAUGAAUCUGUCCCUUUGACCCAGUUAACAUCAGUCAAAACUCCCAAUUGUAAAAAUAACUGCAGUUCAAUGAAAAAAAAGAAAAGCAAGCCAACUUUCAAAGCCAAGGCAUCAGUGAGGAGUUCCCUGAAACAAACACUUAAAAUUCCAUGUAAAAUUUCAUUAAUUGCUACCAAGAAGAUAUUCGAAGAUCCUUGUGAUGAAGAAGAGGAAGAGGAAGAGAUUGACAUGGACUAUGAAGAACAUUACCAAGACUGGGAAGGACCACUCGUUGAACCUGUUGGUCUCCUCAGAUCUCCAAUGUUUUCCCCCACAAGUCCAGAGUUUCCUGACAUACGUCACCUCGUUGUUAGGAAAGAAGAUGUGUGUUGGCACCAACGAGCUCAAGAAGUUGCUGAGCAGGUGUACCGCCCAUUAACCUAUGCCCAAGUGUUGCGUCUUCACCUCACACCCCUAACUCGAGCCCUUGGUGUAUAGAGCAGUCUAACCCUACAAGUUGUUUUUGUGACAGAAUUUGUGAUUAAUAGGGCACCUCACACAAAUCCCAGUGCAUUACUGUAGAUCAAUAAUGAUGUCUUGGCUGUAAUUUUCUUUGAUAGCCACUUAAGUACCAAUACAUUGUCUGACAUGUAUAAAUUCUUCAUUAUGCAGUUAAAUAAGAAUAUUCUGAGUGUGAAGUAACUUUACCUUAUUCACUGCCAGGUCCUCAGGUGGCAGUAUAAGCAACAAUUUUCUAUGUAUGGGUACUACAGGGGCAGUGAUUGCAAAUUGCAGUCAAUUAUCUUCUUCCAUAGAGCUGUCCAUACAGAUGUGACAAUCUUCCUCAUGCACAUAAAUAUUAUGUAAAAGUACAUUUGGUGAUCCAGUUUAUCUUUCCCGCUUUAUUUAAAGCUCUUUAUAAAUAUUACCAAAGUUUUAUUUUUCAUUAAUUUAGAUGUGUAAAACAUAUUUUCUAUUCCAGCUAAAUUAUUUAUGGCAAUUAUAAUACAGUAUCUGAAAAUAGGUAUACGAAAGUAUCGAGUGCUAAGAAAGUAUUAUGUAUUUGUGCAUGGUUAACACAGACUACGUGGUGCUAAGGAAUCAUAAAUAGGAUAAGAUACUAUAGUCUUUGACAUCUGUGAAUUGUUUUUAAAACUGCAGAGAAUAAAAUAAACAGUGAAAUUCUUUUAACAACACACAAUAUUGUAGGUACUCCAGCAAAGAGCUUUGUACAAAAAUCACAUUUAGUACAGCGAUCCAUUGAGUCUACUGUAUUAAUAUUAGUAUAAUUCGAGAAUGUAUCAAUGGCAUAUUUUAAACUUUUAUGUAUUUGGAGUGUCAAACCAAUAAAAUGUAUCUGAAAUAUAAGCUCCUUAUAUUGAAUGGUUGACAUUAGGAGCAUUUGGUUGCACAAUGCAUUCCAUUAGGGGUUCAGGGUGUACAGUUUUUAGCUUCUGGAAGAUGCUGAGUUUCAUGCAAAUCUUAUUAUUCAUUACAUGUUUAGUUUAUUAUCAGUUGAUACUUUUUAGUUUACUUUUUGCCUGUUCAAUACCAAAAUAGAUUAAUUUUAAUGAACAUGUCUAUUGUUGUCAGUAUCUCAGAGGCUAUAUGACUGUAUUAAUGUUACCAGGGAUUAUUCUGAAAAAAACUGUCCCCUACUAACGUUUGCUCUUUAAGUAGUGCCAGUAAUAGUUGAGUACUUUGAAUUCUUAUCAUUCCUGUUUCACUUUAAUAAUCAGCCUAAAAACUUGGGCUGGACGGUAGAGUCACGGUCUCACUUCGUGCAGGUCGGCGUUCAAUCCCCGACCAUCCAAGUGGUUGGGCACCAUUCCUUUCCACUGUCCCAUCCCAAAUCCUUAUCCUGACCCCUUCCCAGUGCUAUAUAGUCUUAAAGGCUUGGGACUUUCCCCUGAUAAUUCCCUUCCAUUCUAUAAUAAUCAUUAAAGUUUGAACUGAUAAUACAGCAGUUAAGCAUUUAAAUUUUAUGAUACUUGUAUAAUGCAAGAUGAUUUAACUCAGGAAUUAUGCAUGAGAAUGUGUACAUGUAAGUCAGGUUAGACGUCCCUGUUGAGGGCUCUCGUGCUCAUCUUAUAUUAAUGGUAACUCUAUUACCGGAUUUAAUUAUUGCUGCUGUUCUAGCUGAUGUGGCCAGGUACAUUGUUUAUUCCUUUAGUAAAUUCUUCAAUCAUUUGAGUGAAACUGAUUCUGUGUGAUUAGUAUUUGACUAUUCAAUUUUGCAAGUGGUAGCGUAAUGCAUGUACUUAAUAAAAUGAAAAUUAACUAAUAUUAGCA